AAAACUAGAGAGGAGAGAGGGAGCAAUGCGAAGGCCGGAGAAGAACAACACCACCAACAAAGCCCUCUUCUUCUACUUCAUCUUCUUCGUUUUUAACAUUUUAGAAAAUCGCCGCUAAAACCCUAACCCUGUUUGUUUCUGCACUUACUAUUUCUAGUGUUGCUUCUGCUUUUCUGUUUGGAUUGGUCAAUAUCGAAAUCUUUUUGGGUUUUUGGAAGUUCUGCGGUGUGUAUCUUGAGCUUGGAGAUAUUGUUUAUUUUUUUGGAAUUUGACGUCUUGGGGGAUUCUGCAAUUGUGGGGUGGAUCUGAAAGUCGGUAAAUUUCAGGUGAUUUGUGGAAUUGGUGGGUUUAGUUCUGGGGUGUGGUUGGAUUCUGCUUGGUUUUUUGGUAGGAGAAAUUGGAACUUGAUCUGGAUUUUGAAUUUGGGGGGAGUUGAAUUUGAUGGGGGAAGGAGAGGGGGGCGAAUUCCCGCCAAAAAAGGUGCAAUCGGAUGCGGGGGAUUUUCCGGCGAAGAAGCCGGCACGACAGCUCGAUUUCACGGCGGGUCUUGGAGGGGCUUCUUCCGGGGGGGUGUCUUUGCCGGAGCAUCCGCAAUCCACCCAGGCGGCUCCACCAGCUGUGUCGCAGCAGCAUCAGACUAAACCGCAGGUCGCAGGACUGCCGGUAUCCACCCAUGUGGCUCAAACAACUGUGUCCACAAGGGCUGUAAAACCAGAAUCCCCAAAAUCAAGACCAAGAUCCAAUAUUGAUGUAAAGGAGGGUACUCCAAAGAAGCAGAAACAGUGUAACUGUAAACACUCAAAGUGUUUGAAGCUGUACUGUGAGUGUUUUGCCUCUGGUGUAUAUUGUGAUGGGUGCAACUGCUAUAAUUGUAAUAACAAUGUUGAUCAUGAGUCAGCUAGGCGAGAAGCAAUUGAAGCGACGUUGGAGCGUAAUCCAAAUGCAUUCAGGCCAAAAAUUGCUAGUAGUCCACAUGGUGUGCGGGAUAGCAGGGAGGAGGCUGGGGAAGUAGUGUUGGGGAAGCACAAUAAAGGUUGCCACUGCAAGAAAUCAGGGUGUCUCAAAAAAUAUUGUGAGUGUUUUCAAGCUGGCAUUCUAUGCUCUGAAAACUGCAAAUGCAUGGACUGUAAAAAUUUUGAAGGAAGUGAAGAGAGACAGGCUCUCUUUCAUGGAGACCAUGUCAACAAUAUGGCAUAUCUUCAGCAAGCAGCAAAUGCUGCCAUAACUGGGGCAGUUGGGUCCUCUGGUUAUACUUCUCCUCCUGUAAAUAAAAAGAAAAAGGGUCAGGAAAUCCUUUUUGCGUCAUCAGCCAAGGAUCCAUCUCUUCAGAGGUUGGGACACUUUCAACAGGUUAACCAAGCAAACCAUAUUAGACCUUCUGCCCCCUUAUCUUCUUCUUCCAUGUCUACCGUUUCUGUUGCCCGUUCUGGGACAGCUACAGCUCUGGGUCCUUCAAAAUUCACAUAUAGGUCUCUCUUAGCUGAUAUUAUCCAGAAGCAGGAUGUGAAGGAACUUUGCUCAGUUUUGGUAGUUCUAUCAGGAGAAGCUGCAAAGACACUUGCAGAUCAAAGAAGUGCAACUGAAAAGCAAGAAGAUCAGACAGAAAAUUCCCUUCCUUCAUCUAAUCUAGACAGGACACAAAACCAUAAGGAUUCUGAUGUGGAGAAAACAAUGGCUGAUGAUUGUUCAAGUGCAAACCAGGUUAAUAAAGUUGGCCCAGAUGAUUCCAGUUCAGAUGGCACUGAUGUGCCAAAAGAAAGACCAAUGUCUCCUGGAACUUUGGCAUUGAUGUGUGAUGAACAAGAUACAAUGUUUAUGGCAGCUGCUUCUCCUAAUGGGAUGGGCCAAGGCUGCAGCACAGCUUCACAGUUGCCUAAUGGUCAGGGCGUGACAGAGAUUUAUGCAGAGCAGGAAAGAAUUGUAUUAACAAAGUUUAGAGAUUGCCUUAAUAGGCUUAUCACCUUUGGAGAAAUAAAGGAAACACAGUGUUCAUCAUUAGCUAGAACAGAGAUUGGCAAUCAAAAGGGUUCCCUCAGCAAUGGUUCUGAAAUUUCAAGAACAGAAAUGGCAAGCCAACAGGGACCCCUGAACAAUGGAGCUGCAAAAACAUUUUUCCCAUCUUCUACCAAGACAUCUAACGUGGCUACUGCAAUGGUUGCCACCUCUAAUCAUGAUCUUUCAAGAGUUUCUUCUCUACCUCAAAAGGGGGACCCCAAGUCCAAAACCAAUAAAGAGGUGUAAAGUUAUUAAAUGCCAAGGAUUGGCCCAGGUACGCUACUACAGUUAUGUAACAUAUUCCAUUGAGUUUCAGCUUCACUAUAUUUUGAAGCAGUGUCAAGAGUUGUGGGCCUUAAUUGACCAGAAUUCUGGUUGGUUUCAUACAUGACUGAUAAAUUCCUAUCAGAUAUAGUUCCAGCCCAUACCAUUGUAAAUUGCUGAGCUUAAAUUGAAUGGUGAUACUAUUUACACUAUACGUGCCAAUGACCAUCAUGGCCUUGUAUCUCUAGAUGGUAGAAUUUAUUUCAGAGUAGUCACAUUUUUAAUGAAACAAAGAGCAAUUUUAUAAUUUUUCAUGGAAUAUUGCAAGGAUGUAAUCUGAUCAAAUGCCUAAUUUCUCAG